AACAUUGCUUAAAUGCCGAAGGGUGGGCGAGAGUACGCCGCAGUCGAAAGCAGCCGAGACAGCCGUUCGCACAUAAAAGCUGAACCAGACGUUCUGAAAGGUUUUGUGACUUUCAGGAAUGUCCGCGAACUGAGUGUAGAAGUGUGUGUGUGUGCAUGCAACGAAGAUACUCGUAUAAUAAGGAUAUACUUUAAUAAGAACAAAUUCAUAAUCUUCAAGUUGUUCAAAUUAAAAAACUAAUAAUCAAACAAUAAAGAAAAUGGGUUUACCGGUAAUGGAUUUUGACGCGGUUUUAAAGAAGUGUGGCAAUUUUGGGCGCUUUCAAUUUCUAAUAAUGCUAUGUUUCGGACUUACAAAUCUUCUCUCCUCGAUGCAUUACUUUGCCCAAACAAUAAUCAGUUUUACGCCACAGCACUGGUGUUACCAUGAAAAGUUGUCAAAUGCCAGUUUCGAUGAAAUUCGCGCUGUUUACGCACAAAUGGCCAAUCCACAUUGCACACUGUUAGAUGACAUAGUCGGCGGUCAGCCAAUUGUUGCCGAAGUCGGUAAAUGCCAGAGGUGGAUAUAUGAAUAUGAAAGCGGUUAUAAAAGCGUUACGUCAGAUCUAAACUGGGUUUGUGAAGAGUCCAUACAAUCCGCAGUGGGACAAUCACUUUUCUUCGUGGGUUCUGUGAUAGGCACGGUAUUCUUCGGGUUUCUGGCAGACAAAGUUGGACGACUACCUGCGUUGAUCUGCACCACACUUACUGGCGCUACAGGCGACUUUCUCACUACUUUUUCCACCAAUUUGCCGCUGUAUGCACUCUUCCGCUUUAUCUCAGGCUUAUCCACGGAUACAUUCUACUAUCUAAUGUAUAUAAUGGUCUUCGAAUAUUUAAGUCCAAGAAAACGUACACUCGGUCUAAACAUGGUCACCGGCAUAUUCUACUUCCUUGGUUUGGCCUUGGCACCCUGGUUUGCGCUGUGGUCAGGUUCAUGGCGUAACUAUUUAUACAUCGCUUCAGUACCGGCCGUUAUUGUGCUGCUGUACCCCUUUUUAAUUUGUGAAAGCGCACAAUGGCUGAUGGCCACACACCAAUAUGAUCGCGCGGUUAAAUGUCUCAAGCAUGUUGCCAAAAUCAAUAAACGUGAGGUGAAAGAUGAAGUUUUCGAUGAAUACAUAGCACACUUUAAGCAAACGACAAGUGACGAACUCGCGAAGAAAGCUAAUAAAGACACAUUUUGGGGCAUGUUUCGCACACCACGUUUGCGCAAAUUCACUAUUAUGAUGUUGUUGAAGAACAUGUUUUUAGCGCUUGCGCUCGAUGUAAUCAGUCGUAAUAUGGAAGGUAUGGGCAGCUCGCCAUUCAUACUUUUUUCGGCCACUUCAGUGGUGUACGUUAUGGGCAGUUUAACCAUCAUCCUGCUGCAAAAUCGUAUAGGUCGUAAGGGAAUGGCCUUCAGUACGCUGCUAGUAAGCUCAAUAAUUAUUGCGGCUACCGGUUUUCUGAUUGCCUUUACCGAAACACAGAAAAACGCUUUACUUCUUGCGAUUAUGGUCGGGCUGGGUCGUUAUGGUGUCGUCGUGAGUUAUGAAGCUGAGGCACAAUACUCUUCUGAAUUUAUACCGACCACCGUACGUGGUCGUGGCAUGGCCAAUAUACAUGUUGCAGGAUUUGCUUUUACCAGUCUGAACUCAUAUGUGAUAUAUUUAGGUUAUUUCUAUAAACCACUUCCGUCGAUCUUCAUAUCGGGUAUAAUGUUAAUAGCCGCUCUUUUAUGCCUAGCGCUGCCUGAGACCAUGAAUCAAAAGUUACCACAAACUUUGAAGGAUGGCGAGGAGUUUGCUCGCCAUCAGCGCUGGUACUAUUUUAUAUGUUUCGACAAAAACAAGAACACGAAGGAAGCUGAAGGUAAUAAUGGUUGAAUUGGUACAUGGAUUAUAAUUAUGUAAUUAAUGCAAUUUCCAAUGGUUAAGCAUUCCGAUUUCAUAUGUAUUAAUCUUAAAGACUUUAGAGAGUAAUGUAUAUGUAAUGUUAUGUACACAUUUGUGUAUAGAAUUAAAUACAUUUUUUUCAUUAUAUUUGAA